AUGUCUCAAGACGCGUUGAGUAACAAUAUUCAGCAUGCUAUUGCCUCCGUUGUGGGUAGUAGAGCAAUUGAUAUUUGCUCCAUUAUCAAAGACUUGCAAGGCACAGAGGGUAGUAAGGAUGUUGCAGAAGGAAAGAAGGAGCUUAUUGAUGUAACGUCGACUGAAGUCGAGCAAGCCAAAGCUAAAGAAGAUGUCGUUGAAGAAAUCAAUGAACUAGUUCCUGAAGUACCUGCUGCCGCUGUAAACGAAGCUGCUGAACAAAAGGAGGAUGACUCAGCUCCGAUUGCUCCACCUCGUAAAGAUAUUUCCAGCAAUGUCCAACAUGCUAUUGAUGCCGCCGUUGCCGCUCGUGCUAUUGAUCUCUACAGCUACUUUGAUGAAUUAAAGGAAACCAGCUUGAUGGAUAAGUUGGCUGAUAAAGUGGAGAAGGUUGAGGAUACACUUCUGACUGUAAAAGAAGAAGUAGCAAGAGAAGUAGAGGACAAGGCUCAAGACUUAGCCUCAAGCAAUAACGACACUACGAAUGAUGUGGAGAAUGAAGAGGAAGUUUCUGAGGUAAAGCAUAGCAUCAACGAGGAGAUCAAGGAUGUUGUCAAGGAAGUGCCUCCUGUUGCUGUAGACGAAACUAGAGAAGAGGUGAUUGAUAAUAAGCAAGGCCUUUUGGAAGAAUUAGAUGAGGUUGUGCCUGAAGUCGAACCUGUGGCUGUCGAUGAAACCAAAGAAGAGGCUAUUGAUCACAAAGAAGAUUUACUCGAGCAGAUCAAGGAAGCAAUCCCUGAAAUACCUGCCGCUGCUGAAAACAAUGACAGUAGCGCUGCUAUUGCUGAUGAAACAAGAGAUAUCAAUAGCACCCUUCCCGAGACUGUUGUUCCUCACGAGGUGGAUAUGAAGGACGCUAUUGAUUAUGCCAUUAAGAAUGCUGUCGCUUCUCGUGCUGUUGCUGAUGAACCAAGCGAUAUCAAUAACACCCUUCCCGAGACUGUUGUUCCUCACGAGGUUGAUAUGAAGGACGCUAUUGAUUAUGCCAUUAAGAAUGCUGUCGCUUCUCGUGCUGUUGUCGAUGAUUAUUACAAGAACAGUAAUCCCGCACCAUCUUUUAUGUCAAAUGACGUCAUGGAAAAAGUGGAAAAUUCCGUUGCCGGAACUCAACCAAAAUUAGCUGAAACUGCGCAACAAGUCAAAGAAGCUGUUGUUGAUACCGCCGAAACUGUACAGGACGCUGUUAGUGCUACUGUAGAAGAAGCUAAGAGUAGAGCCCCCGAGAUUCAACGCAAUAUGGAUAACAAGGCUGAGCAAACCAAGGAAGCUGUCACUGAAUCAGCUGCUACUGUCAACGAUUACAAAGAUGCUACCGUCGAAGAAGCUAAAAAUCAGGCAGCCGGUAUUCAACAAACUGCUGUGGAUAUCACUAAAGCCACCAAAGAUACCAUUGUUGAUACCGCUACCACUGCUAAGUCUUACGUUGAUGCUACUAUCGAAGAAGCAAAAACUCAAGCGCCUAUUAUUCAAGAAAAUAUGGAUAAUAAAAUUCAAGCAGCAAAGGAUACCAUUGUAGAUACCGCAAAAGAAACCAAAUCAUUAGCAGAUGCUACGAUCGAAGAGGCUAGCGUGAAGGCUUCUGCUUAUCAACAAAGUAUUGUGGAUACUGCUAAGGUUGCUAAGGAUACUGUAGCUGAUGCUGCCAACACAGCCAAGUCAUAUGUCGAUGCUACUGUCGAAGAAGCCAAGGCAAAAGCACCUGAAUAUCAAAAGAGCAUGAAUGAAGCAGUACAAAGCACUAAGGAUUCGCUCGUUGAUACUGCUAACAGUACCAAAUCAGUGGUUGAUGCUACUGUCGAAGAAGCCAAGGCAAAAGCACCUGAAUAUCAAAAGAGCAUGAAUGAAGCAGUACAAAGCACUAAGGAUUCGCUCGUUGAUACUGCUAACAGUACCAAAUCAGUGGUUGAUGCUACUGUCGAAGAAGCCAAGGCAAAAGCACCUGAAUAUCAAAAGAGCUUGGAUGAAAAGGUUGAAGGGGCCAAAAAUACAACCGUCGAUACUAUCAAUAUGGCCAAAUCAACUGUUGAUGCCACUAUUGCUGAUGCUGCGAAUAAGGCUCCUGCUAUCCAGGAAUCCAUUGAUAACAAAACUCAAAAUGUUAAGAAUACUUUUGUAGACACUGCCAAGAAUGCCGAGUCAUUAGGCAAUGCUACCGUCGAAGAAGCAAACAAACAAGCUCCUGCGAUUGAAGACAAUAUUGCAAAUGAGAACCCCUCCACAACUACUGUUUCUACUACUGUCAUUGAAGAAACACCCAAGAAGCCUGAACCUGCAAUUGCUGUUGCUGUUCCCGCCAGUGAAGUGAGCCCCGUUAUACCUGAAGUUCCUGCUGUUGUGGUUGCCAAUGAAGUAAGCCCCGUUACAACUGAAGUUCCUGCUGCUGUGGCCACUAAUGAAGUGAGCUCCGUUACACCUGAGGUUCCCGUUGCCGUGGCCGCCCGUGAAGUGAACCCUGUUAUACCUGAGGCUCCUGUUGUCGCUCCCCCUGUAUCUGCUUCCUCGGUUCCUCACACUACCUCUCCUGCAGUUACUCCAAUGCCCGUAAAGAAGGAAGAAAAGGUUCUUCCUCCCAAACCUGCCGAAGAACAGAAGAGCAGCGGUUCUAAAUGUCUUAUUAUGUAA